AGGCUCUUCCAUUUGUCGACCAUUUGUAAACAUGGCUCCGACCGUCGUGAAGAAGUCCAAAGGGCCGGCCCCCAAGAAACAGAACCUUCGGGGCAAGGGCCAGAAGAAAAAGAUCUCCCUUAAGUUCACUAUUGACUGCACACAUCCCGCUGAGGAUAACAUUAUGGAUGUAGCCAAUUUUGAAAAGUACCUCCAUGAAAGAAUCAAGGUUGGAGGUAAAACAAACAAUUUUGGUAACAGUCUCACAUUGGAACGCGACAAGAUGAAACUGUCUGUGAAUAGUGACAUUGACUUCUCUAAGCGGUACCUCAAGUAUUUAACGAAAAAGUAUCUGAAGAAGAACAAGCUGCGUGACUGGCUGCGUGUAGUGUCCAAAGACAAAGAGACAUACGAACUGAGGUACUUCCAGAUUAACAGCCAGGAGGACGACGACGAAGAAGAUGCAGAAUAAAUAUUGUUUUUAUUCUAUACACAAUUACAGAAAACAUCUGUACAUAUUUCUUUUAAUAAAUAAUGAAAAACAUUUAGACUGAA